AUGUUGGUAGCCUUCAUCUACAUUAUAUUGUCUUUUAGUUUUUUUAAAUUUUACGAUCUAUGUCCGCUCGAAUAUCAUGUUAUUGAUCCACAACAUUCAUUUUGCUCACAGCCCUAUCCAGGUGUUAUUGAUCAACCAAUUACGUCAUGGGAACGUGUAUACAUUCUUCAAAUGCAUAAUUAUGAACGACGUCUUCUUCGAGGAACUAAUAUUCAAAAAAUGUAUUGGAAUGAUGAUUUAGCUCAAAUUGCUCUACAUUAUGCUCGUGGAUGUCUAUAUGAUCAUGAUAAACCCACUCAAAGAAGUGUACCAAAAAUUCCAUUAUCGACAGGACAAAAUUUAGCUAUGGGUUAUGAAAAUUGGACACAAGCUAUUCAAGGAUGGAUUGAAGAAAAAGAACAUUAUUUCUAUGGUUAUCCAUCAGCAAGAGUUGUUACUCAUUAUACACAGAUGAUAUGGCAUUCAACAGCAUUAAUAGGUUGUGCAGCAACAAUAUGUCCUUCAUAUGGAUCAUAUGACAUGCCUUGGCCUUUCUAUAUUUGUAAUUAUAUCACUGGACAACUGAACAGUGAUUUUCAUAGACCUUAUGAUCAAGGUUUUGAUGAUCAACCAUUACAUGAUUGUCAAGGUAAAAUAUGUCUAUAUAAUGGUACACUUGAUUUGAAUACAUGUGAAUGUCGAUGUUCAACAUAUGCAAAUGGUUUACAAUGUGAACGAUUAAAUUGUUCAACAUUACCUCCAUGUCCCUAUUAUUCAUCUGAAUCAUGUAUUGCUGUUAAUGUUCCAUUAGAAUGUCCACGUCUAUGUGGUUUAUGUGAUCGAUAUGAAGUAUUAAAAAGUGUCUAUGGAGAAAAUAAUUUAGCACCUAAUAUUCUAGCAGUUAAACCUACAACUAUAACUACGACCAUUAGACCAGCUUUAUUUUUUGAUUGUCUUAUGGAACGUAAAGCUAUUUUUGAUUGGUUACAAAUAAAAUGGAAUACAAUAGUAGCACCACCUGUUCGUGAACUUUCAAUGAAUAAACAUGCUCAACUAAUAUCGAAAGAAUUAACAUUGAUAUCCACAACUACUACAGCUAUUGCUUGA